CACAUUCCAUAGUUCCAAAACGACGUAGGAAUGGAAAAAACGCACACACUCACAGCACAUGGUUUUAUUAUCUUUAUCAGCACAAAAACUCUUCUUUCUUCGUCUCUGGUAAGUAACAAAUCCAAUCCAGGGUUUCCUCCACGAUCUGGACCAAAAUGGCAUCCAAAUCCAGACUAUUACCCCGAGCCUCCUCACGUAGAUCUUCUUCCUCAACGCUCAUCUUCUCAAUCAUGAUCAUCUGUUCCUUCUUCGUUCUAAUCCUUCUCGCACUCGGAAUCCUUUCCAUUCCCAGCAAUUCAAACGAUUCCCCCAAAGCUCAUGACCUCAAUUCAAUUGUUCACCGUACUACAACUGUUGACCGAAGUGAAAAGAAGGAGGAUAGAUCAGAUCAGUGGGUUGAAGUUAUUUCAUGGGAGCCUAGAGCUGUUAUUUAUCACAAUUUUCUGUCACAAGAGGAGUGCGAGUAUCUCAUUAAUAUGGCUAAACCUCAUAUGGUGAAGUCAACUGUUGUUGAUAGCGAUACUGGGAAGAGCAAAGAUAGUAGGGUUCGUACAAGUUCUGGCACAUUCUUGGCUCGUGGACGCGAUAAGACGGUCCGGACCAUUGAAAAAAGGAUUGCAGAUUUCACCUUCUUACCUGUAGAACAUGGGGAAGGACUGCAAGUUCUCCACUAUGAAGUUGGACAAAAAUACGAGCCUCACUAUGACUACUUUCAAGACGAAUACAACACCCAGAACGGUGGUCAACGUAUGGCUACAGUUCUAAUGUACCUGUCGGAUGUUGAAGAAGGGGGUGAGACAGUAUUCCCUUCUGCAAAGGGGAACAUCAGUGCAGUGCCUUGGUGGGAUGAACUUUCAGAUUGCGGCAAAGAAGGGCUAUCUGUUAAACCUAAAAUGGGGGAUGCAUUGCUUUUCUGGAGUAUGAGACCCGAUGCAUCUCUCGAUCCAUCAAGUUUACAUGGUGGCUGCCCGGUUAUCAAGGGGAACAAGUGGUCCUCUACAAAAUGGAUACGUGUCAACGAGUACAAAGCUUAAUUUUGGUUUUAAGUUAUCUUGAUAAAGCUUUAGGGUCUGUGUUGUUACUAUAGAAUGUCGUAUGCGAGUUGAUAAAUUUCAUGUCUAUAUCAGUAUGAGCAUCGGUAUCACUUGUAUGCAAAAAUACACUAAUAUAUUCUUUUGCUUACUUGAGUUAAAACACUGAAAUACUUAUCGAGCAUAUUCAGACAACGGGUUUUUGAUUGAA